AUGUAUUCGUGUGGUUGCUAUAAUGGACAAAUACCUUCCAAUGGUAAAGUUACUCAAGCAAAUCUCGACUUACGAGGAAAGCUAUUUUUCGUUGUCGUGAGAUUAGAAAAUGGGGUACAAAUCGAUUUACCUGUACCUACAAUUCAGGAAAUUAGUGAAAGGUUUUUUUUCAGGAGAGCAAAAACUCGACCUGAUAAACCAGCCCGUCCUCCAAAUAAAUUCUUUAUAUUUCGUACCAUGUUUCAAGUGGCUAUUGACAACUUCAAACUUCAAGUUCCGAUUGUAUCCAGUCUUGCAAGUGAAGUUUGGCGAAAAUGCACUCCAGAAGUCAUUGAGAUAUUUACAAAGCUCUCGAAUAUCGCAAAAAUGGAACACGGGAAAAUAAAUCCUGGAUACGUUUAUAAGCCCAAUAAGACCAAAUCACAUUGUAAAAUAAAUCAAAAUCAACAAAAUACCUUAAUUUAUCCUUUAAGAAAACCAAUUAUGGAUGUUUCUCAGUGCUCGACGAUUACGCCCAUACGAACCGCACCUCCAAGAACAACAAACUCGUAUUCUUCAACUUUGGCUCUACAAACGAAUUCUUCUACAGCUGCUAACAAUUUCCAAGCAAUUUACCCUUCGCAAUAUCAAUCAAUUUAUUAUAUGUCUUCUAUAGGAACAAAAUAG